UUUCUUUUUUAAAGUUCACGGGGAGGAAUUAAAAAAAAAAAAAAAGGAUGAUCUCACUUUUACGGUAAGAUCAAAAAAAAAAUCUCUCCACUCGCCCCCAUUCUUCGAGAUUUGGGAUAAUUCCAAAUACCUGACUAAGUGCAGAUGUUGUUGCGUCUUCACAUCUUAUAAAGCCGCCGCGCCGCUCUUUUGCUCUUGCUUCCCUUUUCAAGUUGCAGGAAAUUCAAACAGUUUACAUGACGGGUGGAGGAAGGUUUGGGAUUUUUGGGGGGUGUUUUUUUUGGAUUAUUAUUGUUAUGAGGUUUUGUUUUUUUUUAAGAUGAUCUUUAGGAUGAAAAAAAAAAAAAAUAGUCGCAGUCGGCUAAAGUCCCCGGGAAAUUGCUACUGUUGGGGGAAACGAAACAUUUCUUGCAAACAAGAAAAUGCCCGCGGAGGUUUCGCCACUCGUUCCUUUGCAACCAAGGAAGGGAGAAGCGUCCGUCGAGGUCCCCACGAGGUGUGCGUGCGUGGCUGCCGGCGGAGCCUCAUUAGUUACCAUCGCUUGAUUGCUUUUCCAGGGGGUCAAACCCGUUGGGCUGAACCGCUCCAUCCCCGGCCGCUCCGCUCCCGCCCCGGCUCCUCCACCCGGAGCCGGUGGGGUCGUCGCCGGCCCCGCAUCCCCCGGACAGGCGGGGAGGGCCGGGCAUCAGCCAGCUGGGGCCUUUCCGAGGCAGCGGGAGCCCCGCCGGGCGCGGAGCGGGAUGCGGAGGGAGGAGGCGGUGCGGCCGGGGCCGGGCCGGUGGGGGCCGGGCUGGCGGCGGCGGCGGGAGAGGGGGGGGCAAGCCCCGGGAGAAGGGGCGGCCGCCAACAGCUCCUCCCGGGGCAGAGACACGGCCGUGGGCUCCGGGAGCAGCGCGGGAGGAGCCGCCGCGGAGCGGGCGCGGAGAAGCGCGGAAUCCGCAGCCGCGCCGGGCACCCCCAGCGCUGCCUCCUGUCCCAGGGAAAAAAAAAAUAAAAAACACCAAAAAACCCCAAAACAAAACCAACACAACAUCCCCCCCCUCCUCCUCCUUCCCAACGCCUCGGUGGCACCCCAUCGAAACGCAAAAAAGUGUGCGGAAAAAAAAAGUACUGGGGUUUCUCCCGGCGGAGAACAAAGAAGGAACAGUUUUCAUUAAGGCUGGACGAGAUGAAUAUGGAUCUGACAAGUUUGUUUAAAAACACCACUGCCCACGACCGAAAACGAUACUCCGCUUUUGUAAAAUACAAAGUGUUGUCAAUAUCCAUUAUAACAGCAGUAAUAAUCCGAGAGGAGAACAAAGACGUUUUGUAAUAUCUACAUAACUUUAUUAGAGCAAAAUUAUUUUAAAAUGCCUAUGAAUUCCCAAACCUCCCGAAUACAAAUGAAUAAAAGUUUUUCUUCGGGCUAAAAUCUUUGCUUGAAUGUAAAUUGUUUGGGUAAGUAAAUUUACACAGCAGCAAAGUUUGUUUGUCUUAGUCCAGUAGCUUUGCUUUAACGAACCAGAUGUUUUGUCUGUAAAUUGUCCAGAGGACUUUUACAGUUCUGACAUGGAACAAGCCUCCGAAAAUCCGAACUGGGCGAGCAGUGACCUCGCCAUCGGGACCAGGCGUUUCGGAAAGAGCAGGGGGAAAACAGAUAGAGAAGUGUAAGCACCCCCAGCGCCUUCGGACUUUGAAGCAAUCCCUCUAAACUGUAGGUAAUCUGCUCCCAAUCGAUUCGCUUCCAGCUGGGGCUAAAAGUAAUUCCCCAGCUAACCCCGGGUAUCAGAAGUGUG